AUGACUGUUUAUGAGCACAUUAUUAGUAAUGGGUUUCUAAAAGGAUAUGUUACUUGGAUCUUUCAUGGUGAACAAGUUGGCCCAUCUAGUUCUUUAGAUACAUCCCAAGUGGAAGGGGAGUUUGAUCAUGACAUGGAUACAUUGGUUCAUGAUGCAUUCACAAUGCAUGCAACUAAUGAGAGUAAUGACACAGAUAUAAAUAUGGAGGAUGGAGAUUCUAGAGAAUUCAUGAAUGGACCUAGUGUUCAACAAUCUGAAGACAAUAAUAAUUCAGAUAAGUUCUAUCAGAUGUUAAGGGAGGCAGAGCAAAGUCUUUAUAAAGGUUGUAAGAAGUUUACAAAAUUGUCAUUCCUUGUACAUUUGUAUCACUUAAAGUGUCUAAAUGGGUGGACUGAUAAAAGUUUUUCGAUGUUGUUAGAGUUGUUAAGUGAUGCAUUACCAGAGGAAAAUACUUUGCCCAAAUCAUUUUAUGAUACACAGAAGAUUAUUUCAGGGUUGGGUCUAUCUUAUGAAAAAAUUCAUGUUUGUCCCAAUGAAUGCAUAUUGUAUAGGAAGGAUUUGGCUGAUGCUGAAAUUUGCCCUAAAUGCAAUUUGUCAAGAUGGAAAUAUAACUCUGAUGAUGUUGAAUGUAGAAAAAAGAUACCAGCAAAGAUUCUUCGUUGGUUCCCUCUUAUACCUAGAUUGCAAAGACAUUUUGUAUCACCAAAAAUAGCUUGUUCUAUGAUAUGGCAUGAGGUUGGUCGAACUAAAGAUGGACUCUUGAGGCAUCCAGCUGAUUCAUUUGCUUGGAAGGAUUUUGAUUGUCAGUAUCCUAAUUUUGCUUGUGACGCUCGUAAUGUUCGACUAGGUUUGGCUACUGAUGGCUUUAAUCCUUUCAAAACUAUGGCAAUUUCCCAUAGCAUUUGGCCUGUUAUCUUGAUUCCGUACAAUCUUCCUCCAUGGAUGUGUAUGAAGCAACCUAAUUUUAUACUUUCAUUGCUUAUUCCUGGUCCAAAAGGUCCAGGUAUGAACCUUGAUGUUUAUAUGCAGCCUCUUGUGGAAGAAUUAAAGGAAUUAUGGGAAAUUGGGGUAAAAACAUUUGAUGCAUGUAAAAAAGAGUCAUUCCAAAUGCGUGCUGCAAUUAUGUGGACUAUUAAUUUUCCUGCUUAUGCAAAUUUGUCUGGUUGGAGCACUAGAGGCCAAUAUGCUUGUCCAUAUUGUGGUUUUGAGAUUGGCUCAAAGUGGUUGCGUUAUGGUAGAAAGUUUUGCUAUAUGUGUCAUCGUCGUUGGUUAGAGCCGGAUCAUAAGUGGAGAUACAAUAAAAGAGAUUUUGAUGGAACCCAGGAGUUUAGAGCUCCACCUGAUCUACCUAGUGGAACUUUUUCUUUGAGACAGAUGGAAUAUCAUGGAGUUGGGGAUUGGUCACCAUGGAAAAAGAGAAGUAUUUUGUUCACAUUGCCUUAUUGGCAACAUAGUGUGCUCCGUCAUAAUCUUGAUGUUAUGCACAUAGAAAAGAAUGUGUGUGAUAACAUUAUUGGGAUGUUGUUAUAA